UAAGAGAAGAGCCAAGUGGGAGUGCCAAAUUUAGGACAUGCUGAUUUAUUACGUCAGGGGCCGAAGAUCACCGGUAUCUAUACGUACGGCUAUUCUGGUUGGGCGCUCUCGGCGGACCCCCGAAAGGGGUAGCGAGAGUUUUCAGAGGUUUUAAAGUUUGGGGAUAAGAGAGAGAAACGUAUGCCGAUGGAAUGCCUAUCUUCUCGGUGAGGUUUGGUGACUGAAUUAUGGCAGAGCCAAGGCACACCUUUCUCUUUUUACAUGUUUACCUUUCUUUCAUCUAUGAUCCUUGUUUAGCUAACAUCCCAUUACGCUGGAGCAUAGCUCCUUCCCAGGACCCAUGUUAUAAUGAACAAGGACAUCCUAAAUUCUGCAUACCUGAGUUCAUCAAUGCUGCAUUUGGAAGAUCUGUUGAAAUUCAAGGUGGUGGAGAUCAAGAUCAUGUUUUUCCUGAAAACACUACUGUGCUUACUGACCUGAACAACCCACAUAAUCUCACUUGCUGGCAUCAAAAAACUGAACAUGACCAGAGUCUUACUGUUUCUCUGGGACGCAGAUUUGAGUUAACAUACAUUAGCUUGCAGUUCUGCUUUGGUCAGACACAGGAGGACACCUUCUGGUCUACUUCUAUCCUGAAGUCAAUGGAUUUUGGGCGAACAUGGAAGCCUUACCAGUUUUAUUCCCCACAAUGUCAGGAACAAUUUGGACGACCUUCUCACAUGGUUGUUUCAUCAAGAGCCCAUGAAAAUGAGGCUCUUUGCUCAGAUCCCAGGCCACUACAACAGCAUAGAGGGGGGCUCGUGUUAGCUUUUUCUACUCUUGAUGGAAGACUAUCUGCCCCUGAUUAUGAAUACAGCCCAAUUCUCCAAGACUGGGCCACAGCUACUGAUAUUAGGGUAAUUUUUCAUAAAGAAAAACUGGUAGGGCCUUCAGGGUCAAGGCUUGGCAUUCAAGGCACAGAGUCUAUAGUUACUAAAAAAAUGGGAGGCAUGAAUGGAGGAAGAAAUGGUUUUAGUAAGGGUGUGGCAAUUGGAUAUCAGGAAACUCAUGGAACAGGGGGCAAAGGUGGAAAACUUCAUUUUGCAUCAUCUUCUGCAGAAGUUGCCAAGUUGUGGAAUGAGCAAAGAGGUAAAAUGAAAAGAAACUCUUAUGUUAGCAAAAGAAAGAAAGGCAGAGACAGAGACCGUGAAGGACGUGAUAAGGUUGAUAAGGGCAAAAGGAGAAAUAAGAAGACAACUUCUCAAAGGGAAGCAAUGAAGUUUGAAAGUUCAGACAUGUUACUUAAGGAAGUACAACGAGGGCCUGCCAUCCUAGCCCUUUCAGAUCUGCAAGUGGGUGGCAGGUGUAAGUGUAAUGGGCAUGCUUCCCGUUGCAUUCGAGACCCUCAGGGCCAGGCGAUAUGUGAGUGUCGACACAACACAGCUGGAGUAGACUGCGACAUGUGUAAACCUUUCUAUUAUGAUCGACCUUGGCAACGGGCAACCCCUGAGCAGCCACAUGAGUGCGUUGCAUGUCAGUGCAACUUGCAUUCCAGCAGAUGUCGCUUUAACAUGGAGUUGUACCAACUAUCUGGUCGCAAAAGUGGAGGGGUGUGUCUAAACUGCCAUCACAACACAGCUGGCCGACACUGUCAUUACUGUAAAGAUGGCUUUGCCCGUGACCUAAGCAAGCCCACUACACAUCGUAAGACCUGCAGGCCUUGCUCAUGUCAUCCAGUAGGGGCUAUUGGAAAAUCAUGCAACCAGACUUCGGGUCAAUGUCGCUGCAGAGAUGGGGUCACUGGAUUAACUUGUAACCGAUGCGCCCCUGGAUUCCAACAGAGUCGAAGUCCUAUACGGCCCUGUGUUAAAAAUGAGGAUGUCUUCACUACCACCCCUCCAUAUGGACCUCAAAAUAGCUUGGCUGAUGAAUGCUAUUCCUACUGUCAGCCUUCACAAGGAAAAGUAAGAAUGAACCUAAAAACCUACUGUCAGACAGAUUAUGUGUUAAAGGCUCAGGUUCAGGUGAUGGAACGAUCAGGCCCAUGGUGGCGGUUCUCCGUCUCAGUACAGCAGGUAUUCCGUCGUGGGACACAGCAGGUCAGAAAAGGAAUCCAGUCCAUCUGGGUGCCAGAACAUGAUCUUUCCUGUGGUUGCCCCGCUUUACAGGUUGGCAAAACCUUUCUGAUAAUCGGAUCACAGGUUGGCCCAGACAAGAAACGCAUCAUUGCAGAUCACACUUCAGUUGCUUUACCUUGGAGAGACCACUGGAACCCGAAACUUAGAGUUUUUCGGACCCAAGACAGACGUGGGCACUGUAAAACGCUCCUUUACCAAAACCCAAGACCAAGAUCCACUGAACCGCCUAACUCUGCUGAAGGAAAUGGAGGGCCAAAGAAAGGAUAAAUUUCAAAGCUGAGGAUUUGCAUUUUUUAAUGAAAAUUUGCUUGAAUUGCCUUAUUUGACUAAAUUAUUCAACCAAUUUAUAUAACUCAGACAUCCUAUGAGAAAGGAUGCUGCUUUAUUUCCUUGUUUUUAUUUAUGUUACACUACUUUAGUAUACAAAAGUACAUUGAUGUGUGUAUAUAUAUAUAUAUAUGUACAUAUAAACAUACAGUAUAUUGCGGUCUAAGCCAUUUUGUAGGUUCACCAGGGCUGAUCACUUGACCACCCAAUGGAGGUAAUGGAACAGAAUAUUUUAUAGACUGAACCCCUUUCUUGACCUCCUUCAGUGACCUUUUAAUAUAAGAAAAAGGGGCACAUACAGUAGAUUUAGAAAUUAUUCAGAUUCCAUCACUUUCUGCAUACUUUAUUGUGUUGUACAUUUAAUUUUAAAUGGAUACAUUUGCUUUGUCUGCUCCUCAAUCCACACUCAAUAUUCCAUUAUGACAAAGUAAAAACAUGUCUUCAAAAAGGUUUGUAAAUGUAUUAAAAAAUCAAAAAU